AUGCCUCUCAUUCCCCAAAGCGUUAAGCCUCGUGUUAUCCUGGGUCUCAUGACCUUUGGACCUCCUGGCAGCGAGAAGCUCGACGCUCGUAUCUUUGAUUCCGAGACAUUCAACAAGGCGCUCGAUGUCUUCCAAGGCAAGGGUUACCAUGAGAUUGACACCGCCCGUAUCUAUGUCGGCGGUAACCAGGAGGGAUGGACUGGUAAAGAGACCAACUGGAAACAGAGAGGACUCACUAUGGAUACGAAGGUCAUGUAUCCCAAGGAGCCUGGUCAAAACACUUAUGACAAGGUCAUUGAGUCAGUCGAGACCAGUCUGAAGGAGCUCGGGACUGACUGCAUUGAUCUACUGUACCUCCACCGUCCUGACCGUGGUGUUCCUUUUGCCGAGACCCUUGAGGCUAUCAACAAGCUUCACAAGGAUGGAAAGUUUGUCAACUUUGGUAUCAGCAACUUUACUGCAUACGAGGUUGCCGAGGUCGUCAUGACCUGCAAGUACAACAACUGGGUCCGUCCUACUGUCUACCAGGGCAUGUACAACUGCCUCACCCGUUCUAUUGAGGCAGAGCUCUUUGUGGCCUGCAGAAGAUACGGUCUCGAUAUCGUCGUUUACAACCCCAUUGCUGGCGGUCUCCUGUCCGGCAAGAUCAAGUCGAUGGACAUCAAGCCUGAGACUGGUCGAUUCUCGGAUCAGUCAGGAAUCGGAAACGCUUACAGACAGCGAUACUUCCGAGAGAGCACAUUCAAGGCCCUGAAUGUUAUUGAGCAGGCCGUGGAGAAGAAUGGCCUGACCAUGCUUGAGACUGCGCUGCGAUGGAUGCUUCACCACUCCAAGCUCAAGAUCAAGGAUGGCAACGAUGGAAUCAUUCUCGGCAUGUCCAAUGUGAAGCAGCUCGAGGAAAACCUAGAACUUCUUGAGAAGGGUCCUUUGCCCGACGAGGUGGUUGAGGCACUUGACCAGGCCUGGUUAUACUCCAAGGCAGACACAGCCAACUACUGGCACGGGGAGUUGGAGUACACUUAUGAUGUCCACGAGGCUCUGUUUGGCAAGUCGGCCAAGUAA